UUUCUUACUCCUUCUUUUAUAUAUAUUUUUUUAUACAUAAUAACAAAUGGCUGGAGCACUUGAAAACGCAGAAAGAGACUUGCCCAGAAUUAGAGACCACGAACGCGAAUCAGACUUUGGUUCCAUCUUUUCUGUUUCUGGACCAGUUGUUGUUGCGGAGAAUAUGCAUGGUUCAGCCAUGUAUGAAUUGGUUCGUGUCGGACACACUGAACUGGUUGGUGAAGUCAUCCGUAUUGAUGGAGAUAAGGCAACGAUUCAAGUUUACGAAGAAACUGGUGGUUUGACCGUAGGUGAUCCCGUCUUGAGAUCUGGUAAGCCUUUAUCUGUCGAACUCGGUCCUGGUCUUAUGUCAAACAUUUAUGAUGGUAUUCAGCGACCGCUCAAGGCUAUUCAUGAAGUUUCCCAAAGUAUUUAUAUUCCCCGUGGUAUCUCUACUCCUGCCCUUGAUAAAUCCUUUGGUUGGGACUUUGAGCCUCUUAACUUUCGAGUCGGUGACCAUAUUACAGGUGGUGAUAUCUAUGGUAGAGUCUAUGAAAACUCUCUUGUCUCUAUUCACAACAUCAUGUUGCCUCCUAAAUCCCGCGGUACGAUCACUUAUAUUGCUCCCAAGGGACAAUACACUGUAGACGAUGUCGUUCUUGAAACUGAAUUUGAAGGAGAGACCACAAAGCAUACCAUGAGACAACUCUGGCCUGUCCGUUCACCUCGUCCUGUUGCUGAAAAGUUAACAGCCAACCAUCCCUUGUUAACCGGUCAACGUGUUUUGGAUGCCUUAUUCCCAUGUGUUCAAGGCGGUACAACUGCCAUUCCCGGUGCCUUUGGCUGUGGCAAGACUGUCAUUUCUCAAUCCCUGUCUAAAUACUCCAAUUCAGAUAUUAUCAUCUACGUUGGAUGUGGUGAAAGAGGUAAUGAAAUGGCUGAAGUACUAAUGGAUUUCCCUGAACUUUCCAUCGAAGUGGAAGGUCGUAAAGAAUCCAUCAUGAAGCGUACCACCUUGGUUGCCAAUACCUCCAACAUGCCUGUCGCUGCUCGUGAAGCUUCCAUUUAUACCGGUAUUACCCUUUCUGAAUAUUUCCGUGACAUGGGUAAGAAUGUUGCCAUGAUGGCUGAUUCUACCUCUCGUUGGGCCGAAGCUCUUCGUGAAAUUUCUGGUCGUUUAGCAGAAAUGCCUGCCGAUUCCGGUUAUCCCGCUUACCUUGGUGCUCGUCUUGCCUCCUUUUAUGAACGUGCCGGCCGUGCCACUUGUCUUGGUAAUCCCUCUCGUGAGGGUAGUGUCACCGUUGUCGGUGCAGUUUCUCCUCCUGGUGGUGACUUUUCUGAUCCUGUCACAGCCUCUACCCUUGGUAUUGUCCAAGUCUUUUGGGGCCUUGAUAAGAAAUUGGCUCAACGUAAGCACUUCCCAUCUGUCAACUGGAACUUGUCUUAUUCCAAGUACAUUAAGGUCUUGGAACCUUAUUAUGAAAAGCAUGACCCUGAAUACAUCAGUCUUCGUGACAAGUGUAAGGAAAUUCUUCAAAUGGAAGAAAAUCUCUCUGAAAUUGUACAAUUGGUCGGCAAGUCUGGUCUUAACGAAACCGACAAGAUUACGUUGGAAAUUGCUCAGAUCAUCAAGGAUGACUUCCUUCAGCAAAACGGUUAUAGUAACUAUGAUCGCUAUUGUCCCUUCUUCAAGACAACUUGGAUGCUUCGUAACAUGAUUGGCUUUUAUGAACGUGCUACUCAUGCAGUUGAAGCUUCAAACAACCAAAUCACUUGGGCCAAGAUCCGUGACUCCAUGGGUGAUAUCUUGUACAAGUUAUCCUCAAUGAAGUUUGAAGACCCUGCAGAAGGUGAAAGUGUCUUGGUUGAAAAGUAUACCGCUCUUUAUAAGGAAAUUGAAACCAAAUUCAGUGACCUCGAAGCUUAAUUUACACCCAUUUCAAAUACAUAAACACACACCCACUCACACACCCACACACUCUCUCUCUCUCAAACACACGUACAAAAUGUAUUUUAUAUUAUAAAAAAAGUGAUUUUUUU